AUGAAUAGUUUGAUGUUCGAGAGCUUUCUCCAUGAUGACUUUGUUGAGAGUAGCUUGGAUAUGAGAUUGGGGUGUUAUGUAAGAUUUGGUUUGUGGGUUGUGGCGGUGAUUGGAUAUGCCCUAAACGUACCCUUGUUCAAUUACUAUCGUGGUGUAAUCCAGGAGGCAAAUCAGCGUGCAUUAGAUUGGGUGGACAAUAUUCCGAAAGAAAAGUGGACUCAAGCAUAUGAUGAGGGUCGACGAUGGGGCCACAUGACAAGCAACAUCGUUGAGUCGUGGAACUCUGUGUUUAAGGGAACACGCAACCUACCAGUUACACCUAUAGUUCAAUCAACCUACUAUAGGCUGGCAUGUCUCUUUGCUGAUAGGGCUCAAAAAGCGUUUGCAAGGGUAGGUUCCGGAGAUUUGUUCAGUGAAUAUUGCCAAAAUGCGAUUCAGGAUGACAUUGUUAAGUCCAACACCCAUCAUGUCGAACAGUUUGACCGAGAAAGGUAUACCUUCUCAGUCCGUGAGACCGUCAACUACAGGGAAGGAAGGCCAAUGGGAACUUUCAAGGUGGACCUACGAGCGAGGUGGUGUGAUUGUGGGAAAUUUCAAGCUUUACAUUUGCCAUGUUCUCAUGUCAUAGCCGCGUGUUCUUCAUUUCGCCAUGACUACACAACCCUUAUUCCACCUGUGUUCAAAAACGAGAGUGUUUACUCCAUCUACAACACAACCUUCAAAGUAGUCCACGACAAGAGUUAUUGGCUUCCAUACGACGGUCCCGUGCUUUGCCAUAAUCCAAACAUGCGAAGACUAAAGAAAGGUCGACCCAAUAGUACCCGCAUAAGGACUGAAAUGGACGAGGAGGUGGUGGAGAGGACUCCGACACCGAGACGGUGUGGGUUGUGUCGGCAUACCGGUCAUAUUAGGAGAAAUUGUCCGAGUUUAAAUAAUCGGUAG